AUGUCUUUAUAUGUGUCCAUGUACUGGCAGUAUGAGGAGUGUAAGCUGUCCCGGUCAGGGCCCCCGGCCACCAUCGUCACUAUCGAUGAAGAGAGUCCUAACGGCACGGUCCUGGUGGAGAACAUGCAGAUCAAUGGGCGAGCGGAGGACCCGGACAGAACCAUUUCUCUGGCGCUGCUGGACAACUACGACCACUGGGUCAUUAUGGACCCGGCCCAACAGAGACUCUACCUGAACAGCACCGGACGUGUCCUGGACCGGGAUCCUCCAUCCUCCAUUACGACCAUCGUGGUGCAGGUGCAGUGUACCAAUGAGCUGAUUGGCACGGUGAUCCUGCAUGAGGUGCGCAUUGUGGUGCGCGACCGCAAUGACAACACGCCUCAGUUCAGGCAGCCACGAUACUACGUAGCCGUCAACGAGCUCACCCCAGUUGGCACGACCAUCUUCACCGGCUUCUUCAUGAACAACGGCGCCUCGGACAUUGAUGACGGACCCAACGGACAGAUCGAAUACGGCAUCCAGUAUAACCCCAAUGACCCGCUGUCCAAUAGAACGGUGCGCGUGGCCAGCACUCUCACAGGGAACCUUGUGCUGGCCGAGAGGCUCAACUACGAGGAGAGGACGCGCUACCUGAUCGUCAUCCAAGCCAAUGACCGGGCUCCGUAUCCGGGCAGCAGGCGUACGGCUACCACCACCCUGACGCUGGACGUGCUGGACGGGGAUGACCUGGGGCCCAUGUUCCUGCCCUGCGUGCUGGUCAACAACACGCGAGACUGCAGCCCCAUCACGUACCGUGUGGCCAUCCCCGAGCUCACCGAUCCGAGUACGCUGAACCCCCUGCAGGUGGAGCCUCCUAUCAAGGCGGUGGACAUGGACCGCAACAUCCAGCCUCCAUCCGACCGGCCUGGGAUACUCUACUACAUCCUAGUUGGUCACCCGGCGGCCUACGGUGAAUACUUCUCUCUGAACAUCACUACAGCCGAGCUGCUUCUCCUCAAGCCAGUCAGCAGAGACCUCUUUCACACCUUCACACUCGUCAUCAAGGCGGAGCAGGACAAUGGCCACCCGCUCCCGGCCUACUCGGACCUGAUCAUCGAGGUUCUGGACGAGAACAACCAGGCGCCCUACUUCCUGCAGACUACCUACCAGGGCUACGUCAACGAGGCCUCGCCCGUCGGAACCACCAUCGCCUCCAGUGCCAACCUCACAGCCCCACUCAACAUCGUUGUCCUCGACAAUGAUAUCGAAGAGACUAAGGAUCCGCAGGUCUUCAUAACGCUGGGCGACUUCACGGCCGUCUUUGCCAUCACUCCUGAAGGGAUCACGCGCUACCUCACGCUGCUCAAGCCUGUAGACCGGGAAACACAGAUGACUUACACCUUCACGCUGAUUGCGUUUGACGGCGUGCAGCAGAGCCAGCCUGUGACGGUCAACAUCCUGGUGAUCGACGCCAACGACAACACGCCCACCUUCUCCCAGGUGUCCUACAGCGUGGAGGUCUUCACCAACAUGCAGCCCGGGGAGACGGUUCUGCAGCUGACUGCGCGUGACGCUGAUGAAGGCGCGAACGGCCUGGUGACAUACGCCAUCUUGGCCGGCGACCAGGGUGACUUUGUCAUCAGCAACUUCACGGGCCGCAUCACCAUAGCGCCGGGGGUGACACUGAUGGUGGGCCGCUCGUACGCGCUGACGGUCCGGGCGGCGGACAACGCCCCGGCGGCCGAGAGGAGGAGUUCCAUCACCACGGUGUACAUCGAGGUGCUGCCCCCUAACAACCAGAGUCCUCCUCGCUUCCCCCUGCAGAUCUACAACCUGGAGAUCAGUGAGGCCAUGAGGAUAGGAGCCAUACUGCUCAAUUUACAGGCCACAGAUCGUGAGCUGGACCCUAUCAGAUACCACAUCCAGAGUGGAGAUGAGCUGGAAGUGUUCAAUCUCACCGAAACGAUAGGCCUACUGCUCCUUGCCAAGCCGUUGGACCGGGAGAUGACAGACCAAUACCUCCUCAUCGUCACGGCAACUGAUGGGCAUCCUGGCUCGACAUCCACGACCACUGUGAACAUCGUGGUGACGGAUGUCAAUGACAACGACCCGACCUUUGACCUGUCUCUACCGAGGAACCUCACCGUCAUGGAGGAGCAGGCCGGCUUGUUUGUCGGCCGUGUCGAGGCCACAGAUCCGGAUGCGGGCCGGAACGGCGAGGUGCAGUACCGGCUCCUCACCCAUGCCUCCCUCUUCAACAUCACCGCCAACGGCAGCAUCUACACGGCCGUGCCCCUGGACCGCGAGCGCUUCGCCCUGUAUGAGUUGGUGGUGGAGGCGUCCGACAAUGCGGUGGACCCCCGUCGCAAAACCCUGAUCCUCCAGGUGGAGAUCUUGGACAUCAACGACAACAGUCCCGUCUUCUCCCAGCCUGUCUACACAGUCAACGUGCCUGAGAACAGCCCCGCUGGAACGACCAUCCUCAUGCUCAGUGCGUUUGACGCUGACCAGGACUCCAACGUGACGUACCGCAUCAGGACGGAGACGACCCUGUUCUCGGUGGACCGGCUGACGGGGGUGGUGUCCAUCCUGCAGUCCCUGGACUUUGAGGACCUGGGCGGGGAGGAGGACGCCACCUACACCUUCGAGGUGGAGGCCCUGGACCACGGGGGCAUCCUGCCUCCAGGUGUCGCCACGGUGAUAGUCAGGAUCAAGGACAUGAACGACUUCUCUCCAGUCUUCACUCAGCUCAUCUACAGGGGAAUGGUGGCGCCCAACGCUGAGAAGGGGACUAUCAUUGCCCGAGUCCUUGCCACGGAUGAUGACCCGGAAGGCACCCCAGCCAGCAGAGUGCGCUACAGAGUGGACGAGGAGCUGUCUCCCUACAGCGGCAGCAUCUUUGAUGUAGAGGAGGAGACAGGAAGGAUUAUCACCAAAGUCAACCUCAACGAGGAGCCCAGCACUACUUUUAAACUGUAUAUCAUCGCCUAUGACGACGGAGAGCCGGUGAAGAUGAACACCACCCUGGUGGAGAUCACGGUGCUGCAGCCCUCGCGCAUCCCCAUCUUCACCCAGGAGGAGUACAAGUUUCCCCCGGUCAGUGAGAACGCUCCCAUCGGCCGAGCGGUGGGGAUGAUCCUGGCAGCGGCUAUCAACACCACAGUCUUCUACUCCAUAGUGGGAGGCAACGAGAAAGGUUUCUUCGUGGUGAACAACCGCACAGGCAUGAUCUACACGGCCAAGAAGCUGGACUACGAGAACAUCAACAGCUAUGUGCUGCGAGUGCAAGCAGACGCCCUUGCUGUCGUGCUAGCCAACAUGAGGGUGCCCUCCAAAUCUAACACAGCCAAGGUGUUCAUCGAGGUCCAGGAUGAGAACGAUCAUCCGCCCAUCUUCGGCCGCAAGCUCUACAUCGGGGGCGUCACGGAGGACACGAAAACCUUCACGUCUGUCCUCAAGAUUUAUGCCACCGACGUGGACACGGGCAACUACAGCAAGAACACGUACCACCUGAUCAUCCCGCCCACGGCGGAGGGCCAGGACCCCUUCGUGAUCGAGCGCAUCAGCGGCGUCAUCAAGUCGGCCGUCAUGUACCGCAACAUGCGGCGCUCCUACUUCAAGUUCCAGGUGGUGGCCACCGACGACUACGGCAAGGGCCUGAGCAGCAAGGCAGACGUCGUGGUGUCGGUAGUAAAUUCCCUGGACAUGCAGGUGGUUGUGUCCAACGUCCCUCCAACGGUCAUCGAGGAGAACAGGGACCAGAUCGUAGGUAUUUUAGAGCGAUACGUGCAGGAUCAGAUUCCCGGGGCCAAAGUGAUUGUAGAUUCCAUUGGACCUCGUCGCCACGGGGACGGCUUCGAGCUGGAGGACUACUCCAAGUCCGACCUGAACAUCUACGCCAUCGAUCCGCUCACCAACAGGGCCAUCGGGCGCAAGGAGCUCUUCAAGUUUCUGGACGGCAAGGUGCUGGACAUCAACAAGGAGAUCCAGCCUUACCUGGGUGAGGGCUCGCGCAUCGUGGAAAUCCGCGACCCGGACAUCGUGGCCAGCGUGAAGAAGGCCGCGCAGGCCGUGGGCUACACAGAGGGGGCGCUGCUGGCCCUGGCCAUCAUCAUCAUCCUCUGCUGCAUCCCCGCCAUCCUCAUCGUCAUGGUCUCCUACAAACAGUUCAAAGAGAGACAGGCCGAGUGUGCCAAAACUGCCCGUAUCCAGGCAGCCCUCCCCCCCAAGGCUGCGGGGCCUCCUCCCCCUCCUGCUGCCGCCGCCCCCAAGGCCGUACCCACUCCUGCUGCGCCCACGCCCAACCUCUACGAGGAGCUGGGACCGAGACGCGGCUACGGCAGAGAGGCAUUUGACCCCUAUGCACAAGACUACUAUGGCUACGACAUUCCUCAGUAUGGCAGCCGCAGAAGGCUGCUUCCUCCUGGCCGCGUGUACGACGAGUACGGGGAGGUAAUUGAGGACGACUACUACAGUCCACGCGGGGUAUUAGGGAGAGGCAGAGGCCGAGGAGGAGGGAGAGGCCGAGAUUACCCACCUGAGGAAGAGGAGGCCGCCGAGGACGAGAUCACCCCGGCCCCGGCUGAGGGAGAGGCCGAGCCCUCCAAGGCGGCCAAGAGGCUGAAGUCGGUCAUGAAGCUCAGCAAGCUGCUGGCGGCCGGCAAGAAGGUGGAGAAGAAGUCCCCGUGGAAGAAGGCCAAGGUGUUCGGCGUCUUCGGCAAGGAGUACGCCAAGCUGACGGCCGCGCGGCGCCUGGGCAGCCAGGAGGACCUGGUGGGGCCCAGUAGGCCCCCCACGCCCAAGAGCCGCCUGAGCAAGGUGCUGAAACGCAUCACCAUCGGCGCCAAGCUGCGGGGCAAGCCGCUGAGCGAGGACGAGGACCGUUCCGGCCCGUCCAUCAGCGAAGAGGAGGAAGAAGAGGAGGAGGAGAAGAGCAGCGUAGCGGCCUCCUCGGAGGAUAAGGAUUACUUGAAAGUGGACCUGGACCGCGACGACGCCCAGGAGAGCACUGUGGACUCGGAGUCCGAGCCGGAGGAACCGGAGUCCGACGAGGAGAGCAAGUCCAAGUCCGAGAAGGAAUCCGAGUCCGAAAAAGAAUCCGGAUCGGAGGAGAAAUCCGGAUCGGAGGAGAAAUCCGGAUCAGAGGAAGCAUCUGGGUCUGGGUCUGGAUCCGGAUCCGAAUCCGGGUCGGGAUCGGAAGAAAAGUCCGGCUCUGAGUCCGGAUCUGACAAGCCCUCUGGUUCCGAGGAGGAGUCGGGGACGGAAAAGGAAUCUGGCACAGAGAAAGAGUCGGGAUCCGAGGAAGAGUCAGGGACAGAGAAAGGGUCAGAAGAGGAAUCAGAAGAGGGAUCCGAGGAAGAAGAGAAGUCUGGAGGAUCUGGAACUCCCUCAGGCAGUGGUAGUGGUAGUGGUAGUGGUAGUGGCAGUGGUAGUGGUAGUGGUAGUGGUAGCGCGGAAGAGAGCGGUAGUGCGGCCGAGAGCGGUAGUGCUGCCGAGAGUGGCAGUGCUGCGGAGGGUAGCGAAGCCGCAUCGUCUGCCCGCUCCUCCGUGAGAUCCAGCGCCGCCGGCAGCAGUAAGGAAGAGGCCUCGGGCAGCGAGGCCGAGAGCGGGACUGGCACGGCCGGCUCCUCCAUGGCGAGCGGAUCAGAACCAGAGGGCACUGAGGAAGACGAAGAGGAGGACGCGGCGUCGGUCGCCAGCUCUGCCCUCAGCGAGGGAAGCUCCACCAGCAAGCGAACCCGCAAGUCUGCGGUCAGCUCCGAGGCCACCAUCGAUGAAGAGGAGGAAGAGGAGCCGGAGGAGGAACCAGAGGAGGAGGAGGAAGAGGAGGAGGAAGAAGAAGCAGAGGAGUCGCCGGGUGAGCCCAGUGAAAGUGAGCUGUCGCCCAGUUCCAGCCGAUACGAGUACGAGAUGAGCGAGGAGGAAGGAUUUGGAGGAUUGUCGCCCAUUGCGGAGGAGGAUGAGGACGCAGAAUCCGAGGGCACAGCCUUUUAA